UAAAUAAAAGAAAGGGGUAAACUAAUAAGAAACAUCUCGAGAAGAAAUACGGGUAAACUAAUAAAGACCGGAGACGUAUUACGUAAGGAGUAUAAAAAAGAGAAAAAAAAAUAAAAAUAACGAGCAAUUCGUAUUCAACUAAAAAAAAACACUUUAUAAGCAUGGCCGAUGAUGUUUAGUAUAAUUCCAAAAAACACAGUUUGUUCUAUUCCAUCCACCUUUCAUCUCCUUCCCUCUCUUUGACAUUCCCGACGGCCAAACAUCGCCAUUAACUGAGGCACAUACAAGAAACCCCCCGCCAUGGCAGCAAACAUUUAAGUACCUUAAAACAACCCCGCAUUUAAUUAACUCUUCAAAGUUCAAAAUCCACAUUCCCCAACAAAUUCAAACUUUAAAAUUUCUGCACUUCUCCUCAUUGCAGCAUACUCUUACUCAAAGUCCUACUACUGCGGCCAUUGACAACAAUCAUUCUUUCCCUGCAUUUCUCUCUCUCUCAUAAUUUAUGUGUGUGGGUUUUACAGCUCAUCAGCUCAACAUUCAACUUACUACAACAAACCCCCCCUCCCCUAAAAAAAACACUCCCCAAACAAAACAAAAACACCCAUUUUUUCCCCUUCAAACUACAUACAUACCUUAUUUCUUUCUCUCUCUCUCUCCUUCUAUGAGACUUCCCUUUCGAUCAAUACUCUGCAAUCAUUGCUGCAAUAUUAAUAAAACACCCACAACAACAACAACAACAACCGCAACCGUACAAAUGAACUACUUUUAUUCUUCCUUUACAACAACCGGUAACCGUCACCACCACCGGCGGCGUUCGAUGAUGAGAGAGAAAGUAUUAGUAAUAAUGGGCCCCACUGGUUCAGGAAAGUCCCGUCUUUCCGUUGAUAUCGCAAGCCGUUUUCCCGCCGAAAUCAUCAACUCCGACAAAAUCCAACUUUACAAAGGCCUCGACAUUACCACCAACAAAAUACCCCAAGAACAACGCCUCGGCGUCCCCCACCACCUUCUCGGCUGCGUCGACUCAUCGACUCAAUCCGAGUUAACCCCGCCUCAUUACCGCCUCCUCGCCUCAUCCCUCAUCUCCUCCAUUCGGUCCCGCAACAAGCUCCCAUUGCUCGUCGGCGGGUCCAACUCCUUAAUCCACGCCCUCCUAUCGGGCUCGGGCCCGGGCCUGAACCUGAGGUACAGGUGUUGCUUCCUUUGGAUCGACGUGUCGCCUCCAGUGCUAAACGCGUACCUGUUGAAGCGAGUCGACGAGAUGCUUGACUCGGGUAUGUUGGAUGAGUUGGCGAAGUUUUAUAACUCGGGUGAGGUGAAUAAAAUUGAGCGUGACACUGGGUUGAGAAAGGCGAUUGGGGUACCAGAAUUUGAAACGUAUUUUACAAUGGGGGGAGAUGAUCAGGUGUUAUAUGAGAAAUCGGUGAGGAUGAUCAAGGAGAAUACGUGUCAACUAGCGAAGAUACAGAUGGAAAAGAUCCAACGGUUAAAAGAUGGUGGGUGGGGUCUACAUAGAUUAGAUGGAACGGAAUCAUUUAGAGCGGUAUUGGAAGGAUCAAAGAGUUGGUCAAAUAUUUGGGAGACGCAAGUAGUGGAACCGAGCAUGAAGAUUGUGAAGCGCUUCUUGGAGGAGUAGGUUUUACAGCUUUUUCCAGCUCCUCUUUUUCUGUUUUCUCUCUCUCUCUUUUUUUAACCCACAUUUUUUCAUCUUCUUUUUUUGCUCAAUAUUUACUUAAUUGGGUAAAUAUCGAGUUCUUUUCCUUUCUGAUUUUCAAAAUUUUGGGAUUGGGUUUUCUUUAAUUUAAUUUUUAUAACUAUGACAAAAAAAAGGAAAAAUAGAAAAACGAGGAAAUUUUGGCAAUCUAUGAACUUCCUCUGUCUGUAAUCUACCACAUUUUGGGGGUAAAAUGAAGAAAUUACUAGAGAAGUCAAAAAUUAAUUUGGGGUUGAGAGGAAAUAUUUUUUUUUUUGUUAUAAACUUAAUUAUGUCAUGAAUAUUGAAACCCACUAUGUAGAUGACGACUUAAACCUUUGUAUUUUUGCAUUUACCUUCUUUUGCGUUCAGGCGAAUUUGUACAUUGUGAGAGGGUUUACUAACAUCAUCUAGUAUUCUAGUGAUACAUUAUUCUUCUUAUCUUGUUUUGAUAUUAUUGGAUAAGCAUAGCAUAUUAUAUACUACUAUAUGAAAGUGCAUUGGUUUUCCUCUUG